UACAACUUCCUGUUUUGGGAAGCGCUGAGUACGUAGGUCUCUUGUUCGCUAACUAACCAGUUAUCUUGAACGGACAACAGGAUUGCAUAACCUGAAUGUCCGAGUGUGCAUACGGUGUUGAGGAGUAAAAAGUGCAACUUCCUGCGUUUAGUGAAACAAUGUCGGACAGUCCGGAUUUGUCACCAAGUGAUGAGCAGAAUUUAGAGACACAAGGCUGUGUUACUAAUUAUUCUUCUGUUAUGAUGAUGGCGGAACAGGAGGGCAGCAUGUUUAACGAUCAACAUUUCUACUGUGAGAUGUGUCAUCAGCACUUCAUAGACCAAUGUGAGGUUCAUGGGCCACCAUUAUUUACAUGUGACUCACCUACAGCUAUGGGCAUUCCUCAGAGAGCUCUGCUAACACUGCCACAAGGCUUGGUUAUAGGUCGAUCUAGCAUCUCUAAAGCAGGACUUGGGGUUUUCAACCAAGGCCAGACUGUGCCAUUGGGGAUGCUUUUUGGACCUUUGGAUGGAGAAGUGACCUGUGAGGAAAAGGCAUUGGAUAGUGCCUACUCUUGGGUAAUUUACAGAGGCAAACAUCAAUAUAGUUACAUAGAUACAGAGAGGGAUACUCACUCUAACUGGAUGAAGUUUGUGGUGUGUUCAAUGAGUGAGACGGAACAGAAUCUUGUUGCAUUCCAGCAAAAUGGACGUAUUCUGUUCCGUUGUUGUCGCCCUAUUAGCCCUGGGCAGGAAUUUAGAGUUUGGUAUGCUGAGGAAUAUGCUCAAGGACUUGGCACCCUCUGGGAUAAGAUCUGGAAUAAGAAAUGCAUUUCUCUAGGUACAACUGAAGAACAGGCGACUCAGGUCUGUCCAUGUCCUCAUUGCCAAUACUCCUUCCCAACUAUUUUUUAUCUGCAUGUUCACGUGAAGCGCUCGCAUCCCGAUCAGUAUGCGCACUUCAUGCAGACAAAUCCGCUUGAGUCCGAAGACCACUCAACAGUUAUAGACAUCGACCAGUGCCUUCUGGCCUCAGAUGCAGCUCCUCCGACCCAUAUGCAGUCAAUGACAGAAAGCUGUCAGGGUGAAAUUUCAACCCUAAAUGGACAACCGAUUCACGACUCAGAAAAGUCAGACUGCGCCGAUUUGUCCGAAGCCUGCAGUAAUGGUUUGAGUGACCAGGCGAAUUGUGCUACCGAGAUCUCGGAUGAAAUAAAUAAAUGUGGUGAGUGUGGCCGGAACUUUUUGAGAUCUUGUCAUCUGAAGAGACACCAGCGCACGAUUCACUCUAAAGAGAAGCCUUAUUGCUGCAGCCAUUGUAAGAAGUGUUUUAGUCAGGCAACAGGGCUGAAAAGACACCAACAAACCCACCAGGGGGAGGAAACGAAAGAGAAAGAUGCUGACAGACCUUCUGGCAUAUAUCCUUGCACCAAGUGCUCCUUUUCAUUUGUGGCCAAAUUCAACUUAAAUCAACAUCUUAAACGGCAUCACCACGGAGAGUAUCUCAGAUUAGUUGAGAGUGGCUCGCUCACAGCAGGGACUGAGGGUGAUGCACAGAUGAAUUCUGACAAGCAUGACCCAACCUAUGAACCUCCUACUCGAGUGAAGAGGUCUGCAAAGAGCCUUCUGAGAGGCAGUAGUUGUCCUAAAAAAGCGUCCGUUGGCCGACCACGGGGCCGACCACCCAAAAACAAGCAAGCGGAGGUUGAAGUGCCGAAGAGUUUACCCAACUGCACUGAGUGUGAACAAACGUUCUCUGAUUUGGAGACAUUGAAAACUCACCAAUGUGCUGGACAAGAUAACAAUGAGAUGGGAGAACCACAGCAAGCGCCAGCUUCCCGGCAUGUCUGCGGUGAAUGCCUGAGAGCUUUCAGCGAUUUUGAGAUUCUCAAAGCCCACGAGUGCAUUCAGCAGGGAGACGGAUCUUACAGUUGCUCCCACUGCAACCUUUACUUCAACCGUAUGUGUAACCUUCGUCGCCAUGAGCGCACAGUCCACUCCAAGGAGAAGCCCUACUGUUGCACGUUGUGCCUCAAGUCCUUCACCCAGUCUUCUGGCUUGAAGCGCCACCAGCAGAGCCAUUCACGCCGCAAACCCCACCGCCAGAGCUCGGCCCUGGUGAACGCCACCAUCUUUCCCUGCACCUACUGCCCCUUCUCCUUCACUGAUGAGCGCUACCUUUUCAAACACAUCCGCCGUCACCACCCAGAAAUGAGCGUCAAAUAUCUCAGUUUCCAAGAAGGGGGCGUUUUGUCCGUUGAAAAGCCUCACAGCUGCAGCCAGUGCUGCAAGAGCUUUAGCACAAUCAAGGGCUUCAAGAAUCACAGCUGUUUCAAGCAGGGGGAGAAGUUGUAUCUGUGCACAGAUUGCGGAAAGGCCUUCAGCUGGUUCAAUAGCCUCAAGCAACACCAGCGCAUCCACACAGGAGAAAAACCUUACACGUGUCAGCAGUGCGGAAAGAGUUUUGUCCACUCUGGGCAACUGAAUGUGCAUCUCCGCACACACACAGGUGAAAAACCUUUCUUGUGUUCACAGUGCGGCGAAAGCUUCAGGCAAUCAGGAGAUUUGAGGAGGCAUGAACGGAAGCAUUCAGGCGUUCGGCCAUGCCAGUGCCCCGAUUGUGGAAAAAGCUUUAGUAGGCCACAAAGUCUCAAAGCGCACCAACAGCUUCAUAAUGGCACCAAACUUUUCCCCUGCACACAGUGUGGAAGAAGCUUUACUCGUAGAUACCAUCUCACCCGGCAUCACCAGAAAAUGCAUUCCUAAAUAAAAUAGUAACUUUUUUAAGACAACAUUAUGUUGCCAAUGGAAAGAGAUUGUUCUUGUAAAAAUGUUUAGACAGAUCUGAACAUGGCAUUUUUCAGUAUAACAUAAGUUAGCACACAAUUUCUAUAGGUGUAGUUGGUCCCCCAGAGUUAUUGAAUCAGAUGUGCAAAAGUCAAAACUAUAUUUUAUUAAUGACAAAAUGUGUAAUUGUUGAACGAUGUUCCUAUGAUCAUAGUAAAAAAAAAAUGUUACAUUGAUGUGUUGCAAGAUGUUUUCUUCUUGUCAAGAAACUUGGAAGAUAUGGGAAAAUUAAAAUUAAAGAUUUUUACAUUCUUAAAAAUUAGAACCCACAAGAGAAAAUUCUGUUAAUAUUUUGCUUUUAGAUUAUUUUAGGUGCAUGAAGAGUAUAAUUUAUUUCCAUAUCAAAUAAAAACCUUGCAUGGAUAACAGCAUUUCACCAUGCUUUACUGUUAUUAUGAUUUUUUUUAAUCAUGUCUAGUUAGCCUCUUACAUUUUAUUUUAGUUUUGCUUUGUUUACAAAUGUGUUUUAGCCAUACUUUAUCCUGUAUAAAAUGCAAUGUGUUUAUUGUCUUUAGUAAAUUUAUUAAAAUCAACAUUGUCAUAUGUGUACAAACAAAUUAGAGAAGAAAAAAGUUACCUUAACCACACUAAGGAGCUGGUUUAUUAGAAUGACCAUGAAAUAAUUAUGAAAUCAUUGAACAAAAAAAAAAAAAAACAUAGUACAAAAUU